AUGUCUCCAACACUGACUUCUCUGGCUCAAGAGAUCUCCGCCAGCAUAUCGAAUGCGCGAGAGCUACCCAUUGGCACCUUUGCUUGUGGGGGUGAGGUUCCAAUCUACUCCUCUCCCGAGCAAGUCAAGGAGGCGCACGACAGGGCUUCGGCCGGAAACCCAGACGGGACCGCGUCUGGCCCCGUCGUCCUUCGCUGGGAUGCACCCAGAGACUCUGUUGACUCCGAACCCGCCAAGGUUGUUUUCCCAGUGUCAUCGGACGAGGACUCCAAGGGCUUCGAAAAGCUUCUCCGAGACUCUUCUCCGGCUACGUUCGGUCUAGAGGGGCAGCCUGUCCUGGACGAGACGUACCGCAAGGCUCAGAAGCUGUACGCCUCAGACUUCUCGACGAGCUUUAACCCAUACGAGCUGGGCAUCAUUGACACCGUGAGGAAGAUUCUCUUGUCGAGCAUCCGGCACGAAGACUAUGAGUGGACCAUCCGCGCCGAGCUGUACAGCUUGAAUAUCUACUCUGGGCCAUCGGGGAAGUUCAAGGCUCACGUCGACACUCCUCGUUCCACAUAUCAAAUCGGCUCUUUGGUUGUCUGUCUGCCUAUGAGCCACAAAGAUGGCGAGCUUGCCGUUCGACACGAGGGGAAGACCCACACGUUUGACUGGUCGGACAAGACUGCCAACGAGGCGCAGCCAUCGAUCAAGUGGGCAGCUCUCUACAGCGAUUGUGAGCACGAAGUCUUUGAGGUUACAAAGGGACAUCGCGUUACUCUCACUCAAUCGGCAUUGGACCCAACUUCCCUGCCCCUCUAUCGCCAGGUCAAGAAUCUUAUCUCGUCAGAGAGGUUCCAAAGCAAAGAUCGCGUUCUUGGCUAUUACAGCACACAUGUCUAUCCCCACACGGAGAAGAAAACGAGUUUGCCGUUCUGCCUCAAGGGUAUCGACAUGGCCAUUUACGAAGCGUUCAGAGCCACGGGAUUGACUGUAAGGCUCUGUGCUGUUGUCGACAAUCCAUACGACACCUGGUAUGGAAAGCGAGCCUGGGAUAGAGACUUGCAAGAGUUCUCAGACAGUGAGUCGACUGAGAAGAAAGAUGGCGUUACUGCCGACAAGCAGAAGCUUGACCGCCGUAAUUACAGGUAUAUGUACGAUUCAGAUGAGGUCAACGAUAAUGUGGGCGACGACGCCAAGGAUGUGCCGUCUCAGUUGAUCAGACCCAUUUGUCCCCUAAUCAACGCCGGUACAUGCGAUAGACCGGACGACUUGAAGCAAAGUCUCGAGGAUUUCGGCGACCGUAUCGACUAUAAGAAGGUGAUUUGGCUUAACAAAAAGAACAAGGGAAAUAAAAAACUCCAGUUUAAUUACCUUGCAUACGGGAACGAACCGGAGACUAGCGAGAAGUAUUCUCAGUUUGCCCUCAUAGUCGAAGUGCCUGCGAAGGAGCUGGUCACAGACUAG